GCAGAAUUGGAAACGGAGGAUUCCUACUGUAAACCUAAACUGGUAUUGGGUUUGGCACAGGACAGAAGGGUUUGGAUAUGGAGAAACGCGAUUCGUCUUCUUCAGCACCCGCAGCCAUGGCGAGCUACGAUCUGACGCCGCGAAUCGCACCCAACUUGGAUCGCCACCUUGUGUUCCCACUUCUGGAGUUCCUUCAGGAGCGGCAGCUCUACCCGGACGAGCAGAUCCUCAAGGCUAAGAUCGAGCUCCUCAACAACACUAACAUGGUCGACUACGCCAUGGACAUCCACAAGUCCCUCUACCACACCGAAGACGUCCCUCAAGAUAUGGUGGACAGGCGAGCGGACGUGGUUGAUCGGCUGAAGGCGCUGGAGGACUCGGCGAAACCUUUGGUUGCUUUUCUUCAGAACGCUAAUGCGGUUCAGGAGCUCAGGGCUGACAAGCAAUAUAAUCUUCAGAUGCUCAAUGACCGAUACCAGAUUGGUCCAGAUCAGAUAGAGGCAUUAUAUCAGUAUGCCAAAUUUCAGUUUGAAUGUGGAAACUACUCUGGUGCUGCUGACUAUCUGUAUCAGUACAGAGCCCUAUGCACGAACAGUGAUAGAAGUUUGAGUGCAUUAUGGGGAAAGCUUGCAGCCGAGAUAUUAAUGCAGAACUGGGAUACUGCUCUUGACGAACUUAAUCGAUUGAAAGAAAUAAUUGACUCAAAGAGCUUCUCCUCACCAUUGAAUCAGGUGCAGAGUAGAAUAUGGUUAAUGCAUUGGAGUCUUUUCAUAUUUUUCAACCAUGACAAUGGCAGAACCCAGAUUAUUGACUUAUUUAAUCAGGACAAGUAUCUAAAUGCCAUUCAGACCAAUGCUCCCCAUCUUUUACGUUAUCUAGCAACUGCAUUCAUUGUCAAUAAAAGGAGACGACCUCAAUUCAAAGAUUUCAUAAAGGUCAUCCAGCAGGAGCAGUACUCUUACAAAGAUCCGAUCACAGAGUUCCUAGCAUGUGUAUAUGUCAAUUAUGACUUUGAUGGGGCACAAAAGAAGAUGAGAGAGUGUGAAGAAGUAAUAUUGAAUGAUCCAUUCCUUGGCAAACGAGUUGAAGAAGGAAACUUUUCUACUGUACCAUUGAGGGAUGAGUUCCUUGAAAAUGCUCGCCUUUUUAUCUUUGAGACUUACUGCAGAAUACAUCAGCGUAUUGACAUGGGGGUACUUGCUGAGAAAUUGAAUUUGAAUUAUGAAGAGGCUGAGAGAUGGAUUGUGAACCUUAUCCGUAGCUCAAAGCUGGACGCUAAGAUUGACUCUAAGUUGGGAACUGUCGUCAUGGAACCCAAUCAUCCCAGCGUGUACGAGCAGCUCAUAGACCACACCAAAGCAAUGUCUGGGCGUACUUAUAAAUUAGUUAGUCAGCUUCUAGAACAUGCACAAGCACAGACUACUCGAUAAGUGAUGAAGAUGAAUAAUUUGUGAGGGAGUUGUAUGUCAGUUUCAAGGCCAUCUGGAUUUUUCUUCCUUUUGGUUCAAGUAUUAGCAGUAGAGCAUUUUAAUGAACAAUUCUUUUCUGAAAUUUGUCUCAGAAAGCUGAAAAAAAACUAUAAUCUAAUGUAGAAAAUUUUGGUUGACUGUUUUUUAUUCAGUUGUUAAGGUUUCUUGAAAUUGAAAUUUAUGCUUAUUUUGGAGGUGAUGCCCCAAGAGAACUCUAUGCUGUAAUUUCCAAAAAUUUGCCAGAGAUUUAUUUAUCCAUACUUUUCUUGGCUUGGA